AGCAUAGUCUCUAAACGUGGAGGUUCUUCGCAAAUUUACGUCGCGACGCGCGUUUUUUUAAGUUUCAUUUUGAACACCGAACACAUCGAAUCAGUUUUAUAACUUUUUAUUCACACGUUCGAUCUAUUUUAACUCAGGUGUUCAUUUUGUUAUAUUUUCAUAUUUACUUAUUAAUUUGAACUUUAUAUACACUGUGAAUUAUUGAAAAAGACUUUAUGUUUUGAAAAACCGCAUUACAAAAAUGGAGGAGCGAUUCAAAGAAGAAUUCACCAACCUCACCGCCCGUGUCUAACAUUGUGAAAGACGUCUGUGAAUUCGUACGUACCUAGGGUUAAAGGUACGGUGUUUCGACCGUCGGUCUUCGUCAGCGGAUAUUCUAGUGGUCAGCGCCUAAAGUUGUGUGAGUUGAUUAGAGAAUUGGUUCGACUAAACGCCGAAAUCGUUCAGAGAACUUCAUGUGUUGGUGAAAACUUUGGUGAAAACUUCGGUCAUCUUACAUCUUAAGGACCAACUGUUACCGUUGAUCUUUGAAAACCUACCAGACCCUUCCAGAAUGUUCCCCAACAUGCUGAACCACAGCACGCUGUACCAGACCAUGAUGAGGUCACCCCUGUCCCAGCACUCGCACGCCAGCUCCCUGGGGGGAGGCUCGGCCUCGUUCCUGAUGGAGAAUUUACUACGGGAGCGCGCGGCCGCCGCCAUCAUGCCCCGUCCCCAGCACCACCCCGCCCUCUCGCCCAUCGGCCUUGGGAUGAGCGUCUCCUCCCUGAGCCAAGGUCACAUGUCCCCCAGCUCAGGCCACUCGUCCCCAGGGUCAGACCGCUCGCACGAGCCUUUAAAAACUCUUCUAAUCCCCGUCUCCUCCCCCUUAACGUCACCCUCGUCCCCGCCCCUGCCGGCCGUGCAAGUCGUAUCAGCUUCGGCAGCCGGGAGACCGAGCAGCGUGUCCACAGCUUCGGGCAAUACAAACAGUGACACUUUGUCCUACAGCUCCCAGCAGGCCCCGUUCCUCAAGUUUGGCAUGAGCGCCAUCCUCGGCACCGACAACAAUCGGAAAUCCCCGCAGGGCGGGACGGUGCCCAGAAACAAACCACCCCAAAUAGGGAGCCACUCCGGGGCGUUCGUCAGCUUCUCACCGUCCCUGCCUCCCCUGGGUGCCGGAUGUGGUAAAGGCGCCUGUCCCUUCCCCGCCCACGGUCUUUCCUGCUCCAGUUGCGGCCCCAGACAUCCGGCCUUCUACGACAACCCGUACCAGGCCAUGCUCCGGGCACCGUACUUUGGAGACGUUUCCAUUUUCUCUCACGCAGCCUCCCCCCUCAUCCCGAUGCCCAACCCCUUCACCUUCCUGAGCACGAUGCGCGGCAAGCCUAGGCGAGGCAUGCUGCGGAGGGCGGUGUUCUCAGACGCCCAGAGGAAGGGCCUGGAGAAAAUGUUCCAGCGACAAAAGUACAUAAGCAAGCCGGAUAGGAAGAAGCUGGCCACUAAACUCGGCCUAAAAGACUCUCAGGUGAAAAUUUGGUUCCAAAACAGAAGGAUGAAGUGGAGAAACUCCAAAGAGCGCGAGCUCCUGUCCACGGGCGGGACAAGAGAAUCCACCCUCCCGAACAAAAGUAAUCCUAACCCAGACCUUAGUGACGUCAGAGAAUCGGACGAUUCCAAACACCAGCGCGGGGAGGACAGCUAUUAUGAUAACAAUGCCCCCGAUUCUCCAAACGGAAGUAUAGCAUCCAGUCUCCCCUCGAGCCCAGUCAACUCCCAGCAGUCUUUGCAUUCAAUCACGCAUGCGCAGGACGAUGAAAGUGAUAUAGACUCCGACGAGGAAAUAACAGUGUCUUGAGAUGAAGAAAGUCGAUGUUAUUUUAUUCGAAGCAAAAGUAUCUCUGUAAUAUAUUUGUUUACAACCCGAUGUAAAUAGUGUACAUGGAUGUAUUUACCUUCACAACAACAAAAUUGAUUUUUUAAAAAGCCAAACAAAAAUGGAAUCAGUGAUCCGUUUUGUAAUAUUGAUAAAUGAGUAGAACAGGUGUUAGUGUGUAUGUGUGUGCAUCGUAGUGUGUAUGUGUGCGUAUCGUUGUGUGUUCAAAUGUAUUGAGUUUUUUAGUUCGCUUAUUCAAAGUGUAUGUUGCUGUACUAUUUGGGUCAUGAUAUAUUGGUUGGUUUAUGACUUUUUAGCGCAAUUUCCAAUCUGG